CCCCAAACCAAAGUCAUAAGUCAAAAUAUCCAGCCCGUGCCAACGCUUUCUGGAAGCGAAUACAAUUCUUCUCACCUUUGCAUCUUCAGACAGAAAUGUCAUCAACAACUUUAAUUAACAUGGUACGUCAUACGUGUAACGUACAGCCAGCACUUCAUAAAAUUCAAAGUCCUACCUAGCAAGCACUAGCACAAUAAAUAUACCUCCCUUUGUGCUAACUCUACCUCCUUCAUCAAACACUUUCAAUUUCUCUUACAUACAUAGCAUUAAGCUACAACCUAGUGAUUUAUAUUGUUCCUAACAUUGGAUGAGCAUGGGGAAUAAGUUACUGAACAUUCAUGCUCCACGAUUUGCGGUAGCCUUUGUCAUGAUGAUGAUGAUGGUUCCCAAAUUUGUGAGAGCCCAAAGUUCAGUAGCUGACAUAGUCACACCAGAGUUCUUCAAUGGCAUAAUUGAUCAGGCUGAUGCUAGUUGUGCAGGGAAGAAUUUCUACUCACGAGAUGCUUUCCUCAAUGCUCUCAAUUCCUACAACCAAUUCGGUAGCCUUGACUCUUUGGAUGAUUCUAAGCGUGAGAUUGCAGCUGCUUUUGCCCACUUCACCCAUGAAACAGGACAUUUUUGCUACAUAGAAGAGAUUGAUGGCGCAUCAAAGGACUAUUGUGACGAAACCAACACUGAAUACCCUUGUGCACCUAACAAAGGCUAUUAUGGGCGUGGACCAAUCCAACUAUCAUGGAACUUCAAUUAUGGACCAGCAGGGAAGAGCAACGAUUUCGAUGGAUUGAAUGCUCCAGAGACAGUGGCCAAUGACCCUGUUGUGUCCUUCAAGACAGCACUGUGGUACUGGAUGCAAUUUGUGCGCCCUGUCUUGAGCCAAGGGUUUGGUGCAACCAUUAGAGCUAUCAAUGGCCAACUUGAAUGUGAUGGUGCGAACUCCAACACAGUUCAAGCUCGAGUUAAUUACUAUACCCAAUAUUGUUCACAACUCGGUGUUGCUCCUGGGGAUAAUCUUACUUGCUAAAUAAUUAGGUGCCUCUAGUACUAUUCAUAUACAUUUUAUAUGAAUUUGUUAUGGUACAGCAUAUCAAUAAAUUAAGAAUACACAGGUUCUGUUAUUGUACUAGAACAUGAAUAAAGAGUUUAAGCCUUGCUGCCUCAAA